UCUGGAAGCACAGCUCUCAACCCCCUUCGUGAACCCACAGACCUCCUCGACCCCCCUCCCCACUCCUCCCGUUUCUUCAUUGAGAGCAGUUCCCCAGAGUGCCUAGAGACUUCCGGAGCCCUACCGGAACCGGAAGCAUCGGGAGUGAGGGGGUGGAGCUGAAAAAUCAAAAAAAGCGCGGCGAAAGCUGGAGGCCGGAGCUGGCAGGUGGUGGCCCCCAGGAGGGGUUGUGGCGGGUGCCAAUGGACUCUACCGCCUGCUUGAAGUCCUUGCUCCUGACCAUCAGUCAAUAUAAAGCCGUUAAGUCGGAGGCGAAUGCCACCCAGCUUUUGCGGCACUUGGAGGUAAUUUCUGGGCAGAAACUCACACGAUUGUUUACACCAAAUCAGAUAUUACCAAGUGAAUGCUUGAGUUGCCUUGUGGAGCUACUUGAAGACCCAAGCAUAACUGCACCACUGGUCUUAAGUAUCAUCAGCUUGCUGUCUCAACUAGCUGUAGACAAUGAAACCAGAGACUGCCUUCAGAAUACAUACAACCUGAAUAGCGUGCUAGCAGGAGUGGUUUGCCGGAGCAGCACUUGCCAUAGUGAUUCGGUGUUUUUGCAGUGCAUUCAGCUUCUGCAGAGAUUAACAUACAACGUCAAAAUUUUCCAUUCUGGUGCCAAUAUAGAUGAGUUAAUUACCUUCCUGAUAGAUCAUAUUCAGUCUUCUGAAGAUGAGUUAACAAUGCCUUGUCUAGGAUUAUUGGCAAAUCUUUGUCGGCACAAUCUUUCUGUUCAAACAUACAUAAAGACUUUGAAUAAUGUGAAAUCUUUUUAUCGAACUCUUAUAAGCUUCCUGGCCCACAGUAGUUUAACUGUGGUUGUGUUUGCACUUUCAAUAUUAUCCAGUUUGACAUUAAAUGAAGAGGUGGGGGAAAAGCUGUUCCAUGUUCGAAACAUUCAUCAAACUUUUCAGCUAAUGUUUAAUAUUCUCAUAAACGGUGAUGGCACAUUGACUAGGAAGUAUUCAGUUGAUCUAUUGAUGGAUCUCCUUAAGAAUCCUAAAAUUGCUGAUUAUCUUACCAGGUAUGAGCACUUUUCUUCAUGUCUCAAUCAAGUAUUAGGUCUUCUUAAUGGAAAGGAUCCUGAUUCUUCUUCAAAGGUUUUAGAAUUACUUCUUGCCUUCUGUUCAGUGACUCAGCUGCGCCACGUGCUCACUCAGAUGAUAUUUGAACAGUCUCCAUCUGGCAACACCAUUCUGGGAAGCCGUUCUAAAUGUUUAGAACCUACUGUGGCUCUACUUCGUUGGUCAAGCCAACCUCUGGAUGGAUCAGAAAACUGUUCUAUUUUAGCCUUGGAGUUGUUCAAGGAAAUAUUUGAGGACAUUAUAGAUACUGCUAACUGUUCCUCAGCUGACCGUUUUGUGACCCUUCUGCUGCCUACAAUCCUUGAUCAACUUCAAUUCACAGAACAAAAUCUAGAUGAAGCCUUAUUAAAAAGAAAAUGUGAAAGGAUGGUCAAGGCCACUGAAGUUUUGUUAACUCUGUGUGGAGAUGAUACUCUAAAAAUGCAUGUUGCAAAAACUCUGACUACUAUCAAAUGUACCACUCUGAUAGAACAACAAUUUACGUAUGGCAAGAUUGAUCUGGGGUUUGGAACAAAGGUAGCAGAUUCUGAAUUGUGCAAACUUGCUGCUGAUGUAGUUUUGAAAACUCUUGAUUUGAUGAACAAACUUAAACAGUUGGUUCCUGGUAUGGAAGUAAGCUUCUAUAAAAUUCUUCAGGAUCCACGCCUGAUUACUCCCUUGGCUUUUGCUUUAACAUCAGAUAAUAGAGAACAAGUACAGUCUGGACUGGGAAUAUUAUUGGAAGCUGCUCCACUGCCAGAUUUUCCUGCUUUAGUACUUGGAGAAAGUAUAGCAGCAAACAAUGCCUAUAGACAACAGGAAACAGAACAUAUGCCCAGGAGAAUGCCCUUGCAAUCACUAAAUCACAGUCUUCCAACAUCAGUAAAAUGUUUAACUCCUCCACUUUUGAAAGCUAGAGUUCCUGGAUUGAACAUUGAGGAAUUAAUAGAAAAACUUCAGGCUGGAAUGGUGGUAAAGGAUCAGAUUAAUGAUGUGAGAAUAUCUGACAUAAUGGAUGUAUAUGAGAUGAAACUGUCCACAUUAGCCUCCAAAGAAAGCAGGCUACAAGAUCUUUUGGAAGCAAAAGCUCUAGCCCUUGCACAGGCUGAUAGACUGAUUGCUCAAUAUCGCUGUCAAAGAACUCAAGCUGAGACAGAGGCACGGACACUUGCUGGUAUGUUGAGAGAAGUUGAGAGAAAAAAUGAAGAGCUUGGUGUGUUGCUGAAGGCACAACAGGUUGAAUCAGAAAGAGCCCAGAGUGAUAUCGAGCACCUCUUCCAACAUAAUAGGAAAUUAGAGUCUGUGGCUGAAGAACAUGAAAUACUGACAAAAUCCUACAUGGAACUUGUUCAGAGGAAUGAAACCACUGAAAAGAAGAAUAAAGAUUUGCAGAUGACAUGUGACUCUCUGAAUAAACAAAUUGAGACAGUGAAGAAGUUGAAUGAGUCAUUCAAGCAGCAAAAUGAAAAAACUAUUGCCCAACUAAUAGAGAAAGAAGAACAGAGAAAAGAAGUACAGAACCAACUAGUAGAUAGAGAAUGUAAGCUAGCAAAUUUGCAACAAAAAACAAAAGUACAAGAAGAAAAGAUUAAAAUCUUGCAAAAAGAAAGGGAAGAUAAGGAAGAAACCAUUGAUAUCCUUAGAAAGGAACUAAACAGAACAGAACAGAUAAGAAAAGAAUUGAGCAUUAAGGCUUCCUCCCUAGAGGUUCAAAAGGCCCAAUUAGAAGGUCGUUUGGAAGAGAAAGAGUCGUUGGUGAAACUUCAGCAAGAGGAGUUGAACAAACACUCCCAUAUGAUAGCAAUGAUCCACAGUUUAAGUGGUGGAAAAAUAAGUCCAGAAACUGUGAAUCUCAGUAUAUAGAUGCUAUGUAUUUAUCUUCCGGGGGAGGUGUGGUAGGGAAGGUAAUUUGUGACUCCAGAACAAUAGCAAAUUAUUAUCUAAUUAUUAAUUUAGUAAAGAACCUGAUCUGAUAAAUAUUUUUAUUUGGUCUUAAAAGUUUUACUUCCUGUUUCUGGCUUUUAUUGCUUAAAGCUUUCUUUGGUUCUUAAUUAGAAUGUUCUUCUUGACCUCCAUUAUUGUUUUUCUAAGGUUUUUCCCUUUUCCUUAGUUGCUUUCCACUCUCUUCUGCUUUUUAAUUUAUUCUCAUUUGUGAUUAGAUUUUAAAAUCAAACUUUCCUGAUAUACAAUCCUAAAGAUUAAGAAAUUGAAAAUACAAUUAUUUAGUAUAAAAAGAGAAGGCAUAGCAUUGCCCGAGAAGUUUUUCUCUAAAUAGCACAAAAGAAAAUUCAGUGAAUUUAAAAUAAUUUUAUUACUGCAUUUAAAAUGCAGUAAGAUAUAUGGUAUAAGUUCUAAAUUUGAAAAAAAUGCAAUGAAUACUUACAGAAAUAAUGUGAAAAAAUUAGAAAAUAUCAGAUGUGUUAAACAAAUACAUUGUCACAUUUAAAAAAACGAUAAUUUGUAGACUUGUUUGAGAUAGCCUUAGUUUUUGACUCUUUUUAAAAGUACCCUGUUGGUCUGCCCAUAUCAUUUCCAAUCAAUUAUGAAUUUCUUUUGAUUUGCCCAAGGACAACUUGGAUUCCAGCCUUGCUACAUAUUCAGACAUUUCUUAUUUAUUUAUUCAAAUGUGAAUUGCAUUUAAUAUAUUGCCUUUUGUUUAGAUAGUUUUUAAUUUGGCCAUUUAAUUUUAAGGCAUAGGUUAAAUAUCCUUAUGUAUUUCUUUAAUACAAAGGAAUUUUUCAGUACUCUUCAUUUGAAUCAAAUGUUGUAAGUAGUGUUUAAGAAGAAUUUUUGUAUCAAUAUUUUAGUUGGUUUUAUUGCUACAGUUUCCAACCAUUAAUUUUGCUUGGUGUUUUCUUCCCUAUUUAUCUCUUCAUGUGACUUAAGUGAACUUAGAUUUAAUUCUGUUUUUCAACUAUAGUAUAUCUGAAUUUAUGUUUAGAAACUAGACAUAUUUUCAUAAUUUGCUAAUUAUCAAACUCAUGGUUUCACAUACUUGAAUACAUUUUGCAUAGUUCUGCAAAUUUUUUUAAAAAGCAUUAUACCAAGUAACACAUUUUAGAUUGCUACUUGUUCUAUAAGGGGUACAUUCUAUUUCUUUUUUGAAAUUGCAAUCAUUUUCAAUUUUACAUGAAAAAGUGUUUAAAUGGAUAGCUAUGACUGAAGAACAAAAGGCUCUGUAAAAUGAAACAAAAAGUUCUGUAAAAUAAAUAAAUAAACCAAAACCUCUAGGGAAAAUCAAACUAUCUUUACAAUGUAGACACUUUCAAGAAGAUACGAGCCUAGCCCACUGCUGCCCAAUAGAACUUUUUGUAAUGUUGGAAAUGUUCUCUACACUGUCCAUAUUAUAGCCUUUAGCCACAUGUGAUUUUUGAGCACUUAAAAUAUGGUUAGUGCAACUGAAGAAUUUAGAUUUUAACUGCCAUCCUGCUGGACAGUGCAGAUCUAGUCCAUUCUUGCAAGUAUGCAUUUAUUUUAAGACGCUAAAUUUGCCUAUUCUUAAAGAUCUAUAUAGACAGAGACUCCAUAUUUUUUUUAGCAACCUUUUUUUAAUACAAAUUUAACGUUAUUCCUGAUCUCUCUAAAGAGAAAAAAAAAUGUACUUUAGCUUUAGAGGUGAGUACUAAUCAUCAUCCUCUUCAUUUUUUGUUUAUCCUAGUCUUUCUGUCUCUUACAGCAUCUUUCAUAUUGUCGGUAUUAUUUUUCUUAAUCUUAGUAUGUUGAGUCCUCUUUUUUUUUUUUUUGCAUUUUAGGUUUGUGUACCUCAGAUUAAUAUAACAGAGUGUGUGUGUGUGUGUGUGUGUGUGUAUUUUCUUUUUAAAAAAUCUUUGACCCACCACUAUAGAGUUUUACAAAUGAUUUCUAUGUGUGUAUGACCAUUUCCUAUUAGAGAAAGUAGAACUAAGUAAAUGUAUCAUUAUAUUAGAAUUGUUCAAGUUCUCUAAAAAUCUUGCUAUGAAGAGUUUGUCCAAGUGUAUUAGCACAGUUCCUUUUGCCAUUUACAUAUGCCCCUUGACUAGAUACGGACUUCUCUUAAAAUUGGGCUGAUUGAAGUUUAUAUACUAAACUAUCUAAUGUCAGGGCAAAAACAAAUACUCAUUAAAACUUAAUGCUGUGUUUUGGGGGGAAAUUGUCAGAUUAGUAUACUUUUAGUUUUAUUUAUUUGUUAUAAAGUCUAGUUAUUUAUGUUAAGGAUAUAAUGAGACUCUGUCUUGAGUUAGGACUCUUAGUUAAAUGAGAAUGUUUGACUUUCAACUUCUACCUGAGACUCAUUCACAUAUGUUAAGGUACUUCUAAUCAAGUUAUAUUUCCUAAACUCAUAACCUUUAAUCUAACUCUUUUCCUCUUUUCAAAUAGUUACGAAUUGUGUUUACGGCCUUGCAUCUGAUAUACCUACUGAUGAACCAAACACAUGCCCUGUUUGUGACUUACUCACUUUAUAGGAGUCAGCAAACAUUUUCUGUAAAGGGCCAGAUAGUAAAUAUUUCAGGCUUUGUGAGUCAUACUGUCUCUCUCUUACAACUACUUAGUUCUACAACAGUAGCAAGAAAGCAGCUAUAGACAGCACAUAAAUAGGCAUGGCUGUAUUCUAAUAAAACUUUAUUUACAAAAACAGUCAAGGCUUUGCUAUUGGGUGUUAUAUCUUACUGAUUAAUUGGCCCUAUCUCAUUAAGAAGUGUGUCUCUUUAUCUCUGGUAAACUCUGUCUUGAAGUCUGAGGUCUAUUUUAUUUGAUAUGAAUAUAACCACUCCAGCCUUUUUAUGUUUUCUGUUGGCCUAGUGUAUAUUUUUCUAUCCAUUUACUUUUAACCUGUGUUGUUAUAUAUAAAACUUAAGAUUGUAGAAAACAUAUAGUUCAGUCUUGCUUUCUUUUUAAUCUGUCUUGGCAAUCAAGUCCUUAACUUUCACAGUCCACUUGAAGUUAAUAUUGUACUACUUAGUAUAAAAUGUAGAAACCCUGUAACUGUGUUGGUCCUUUUAUGUUCUCAUCCUUUAUGCUAUAGCUGACACAUGUAUCUAUAUAUAUUAUUAAACCCCAAAACAAUGUUAUAAUUUUUACUCUAAAUGAUUAUAUGGAAAUAUCCUGGCUCUCAACAUCAUAAUAUAUUUACCUAUUUAUACACAACAAUACACACAAGUAGUAUCUUCAUUAUAACACUAUUUUUCUCUUUUGAUAUAAUAAGUAAUUUGUAGGGAGAUACUGCAAAUACCCUGUUUCUUCCACCUUUCACCCACUAGUUUCAGCAUCCAUUAAUAAUUCUUGCUUGAAUCAGUUAUUACUCAUGGUUGCCACUUUUUUUUUUUAAACUUUUAAUGGAAGAAAAUGGAACAUUUUGCUAAUACCUUGAUAUGCUGGGAAUAGUGAUCAAAAUUACAUCAUGUAUUACAUCAUUGACAAAACUAUAGUAUUUAUAGUUUUACAGUUAAUAGAGUAUGUACUUUUUUGUGUGCAUAUUCUCACAAGCCAAGAAUUUGAGAUUUGCUUUUCUAUAGUUUAAGAAAAUAAAUAAUAAGUAUGUUAAGCAUAUGGAAUAUUUUUUCAACCACAGGGCACUUUGGAUCUUAUUUUCCUUCCAAAAUCCCCAAUCUGAGAAUUGCUCACUUGCCUUGGCUCUCUCAAUGGUCACCAGUAAAUAUUAAACACAUAUUACUCAUAGUGAUAAAUAAGUCUUUUGGAUUAAGAAACAAAUUGUUAUUUUAAGCAUUCACUGAGUUUACAUUCAAGAUCAUUUUUAAAAAAUGAACAAAUAAAAAUAUGACUUAUGCCUUUAAAAGGUAGAUGGUUUAUUUUUUAUAAUAUGGAUAAUGAACAUGAUAAGUACUUGAAAUUGUAUGCUUCUGUAAUCCAUACAUUGAGAUGAAACAAAAAUUUAAAAAAUCAUGGGUUUCUUUGAAUCUGCAAAUCACUUUGAAAUCUUAGUCUUACUCUGUGCAGCAUUUUGUAGCUAAUUGACUUUCUUCCUGUCAUGCAAAGACUGAGGCUUGUUUUGUUUAUGCUUGUGUUCAUCUAAACAUUUCAAAAAUACCCUAAGAAAACUUAAUUAUCACCAUGAAUGAGAGGUACCAUAAUUAUCAGAAACCAGCUUUUCUUCACAUUGAACUACAAAUAGUCCAUCAUAAACGUCAUUAGAUGCGAGAAGUAACUUUCCUCCCAAUUAAAUGCAUAUUUUUAGUUAUCUUAAUUCCCCAAGGGCCUAGUGUUUAUAUGCUCUUGGUAUCUCAAAAAAAAAAAAAAAAGAAAGAAAAGAAAAGGAUAAUCCUAGGAUAUACAGCAAAGGGCUUUUUAUGUAAGGUCUAGCCAGUGCUGCAUAAGAAAAUGACAUUUUCGAAGUCAAUAGAGUAGGUUGGGUUACAGUUUCAUUAUGUUAUUAAAAACUAAUUUUCCACUAAGUAGCUGGGCAUUUGGCAGGGAUUUAGUAGUGAAUAUGAUUCUCCCUCUCCAUUACAUUAUCUACACUAUUCCAAGAAUUAUAUUUCAUCUCACUAAUCUCAAAGAGCCAAAAGAUACAAUGUAUUAGAGUAGCCUUAUGCUUUUCUCAAACUUCAAAUAAAAAGGCUUAUGAUUAGCCCUAGGAAAAGACAACACUGUUCAUGUUCAAUUAGGCAGGUUUUCAUUUACCCACAAAUAAAGACUGGUAUUAACUACUACACACUAAUUUGUAUAAAACCCACAGUUAAUCAGAGCAUGUUAGAGCUGGAAGGAUUCUUAAAGAACAGUAAACCCAGGCCCUCUGUGUUUCAAAAAGAUUUAAACUUUAUAUUACAUUUUCAGAAAAGAAGUCUGGUGAUUCAAACAUACUGAUCAAACUACAUGAUUAAAAAAUAAACAUGGGUUAUGGCAGUUUCACUUCUAGGAAUUUAUCUUAAGGAUGUGCACUAAGAUUUAGGAUGUGCAUUUCAACGUUAUUUUUGCACAAAAUUGGAAACAACCCAUGUAUACAGUGUAAAAUACAUUAAUUAAAAUAACAGAGCCUUUUUAAAAAAUAUAUUGAAAUAUAUGGGCACAUGGAAAGAGAUUCCUGGUGUGUUAUGUGGAAAAAGCAUGAAACCAAACUACUUGUAAGCAGUGAUUCACAUGCCUGAGUCUCUUUAAGAUAUAUAGGUGUGUAUAAAUAUGCAAUACAUAAAUAUAAAUGGUAAACAAUGGUUGCCAUUGAGUAAUGAAGUUGUUUGAUUUUGUUUAUUUACAUUCUAAAAUUUGUAACUAAAUGUUACUUUAAAAUUUUUAAAUCAUGAGUUUUGUAACUACAUUGAAAUUUAACUUCUAGCUUUACCUAAGGAAAGUUUCAUCUGUAAAAUGAUAGUGCAUACUUGAUAGAUUUAUUUUUUUAUUUUUCUUAGAAAUACAAAAUAAGGCGGCACCUGGGUGGCUCAGUUGGUUAAGCAUCCAACUUGGUUUCAGCUCAGGUCAGGUCAUGAUCUCAGGAUCGUGUGAUCUGAGCCCUGCUCUAUGCUUAGCAUGGAGUCCGCUUGGGAUUCUCUCCCUCUCCCUGUUCCCCUCCCCCCAACUCAUGCGCUCUAAAUAAAUAAGUUAAAUAAAAUCUUAAAUACAAAAUAAAGCUGAUGGCUUUUAGUAAUUUCUUAGUGUGUAUCUCCCUUUGGGGAAGGAAAUAGGGUAGAAACCUUUAUUUCCUUUAUCCUUGGUUUCUUGAUUUCUCAUCAAACCUGUGACCAAUUGUAGAAAAUAAUUAACAGUAAAGAUUCUGCAUUUUCGGGCACCUGGGUGGCUCAGUCGUUAAGCGUCUGCCUUCAGCUCAGGUCAUGAUCCCAGGGUCCUGGGAUCGAGUCCCACAUCGGGCUCCCUGCUCGGCGGGAAGCCUGCUUCCCCCUCUCCCACUCCCCCUGCUUGUGUUCCUGCUCUCGCUGUCUCUCUCUCUGUCAAAUAAAUAAAAUCUUUAAAAAAAAAAAAAAAAAAGUUCUGCAUUUUCAAGAGUGGUACAGGGUGGCAAGUUUAGUACGAGGUGUUAAAUAAAUCUUCAAAGUAUUCUAGGGUGACUUAUUGACCGAAGCUAGUCUAGGUUGCCCUCUUAACUAAUUUAUUUCUAUGAAAUAGCUAUUCUAAGCGGUGUUAAGUAAACAUUUUUCUCUUUGAAAGAGACAUUUUUCAUACUUUAAUUCUGCCUUCUCUUGGGUGUCAUAGCUUUUCCAACUGAUGAAUAUACCUACAAAAUUCAUUAUGAAAUUGUACGUUAUUUUUUUUUUUUAAACUUCCUGGAAGAGAUUGAGGAAGGGGCACAGUUGAGAAAAGUUGGCCAAAUUUUAAAAACAAAACAGUAUGUCUAAGACUUGGAUGCUGUUAUAUUCCUAGCUCUUCUGACAGAUUUAUGGACACUUUAAGAGCUAACAAGUCUUACCCAACAAGGAAAAGCUCUGGAACCUUAUCAGACUCAGAGGAAAGAAAACUACCCAACUCCAGUCCAUUCGAACCUUCAUUUCUAAACUAAGGGAGAAAAAUUUUUGAGAAGUAUUUGUAAAGGUUACUGCCCUGAGGCACAGGCCCAGUAGAUGAAAGUGGUCAUCACUACUGAGCCUAUGAAUAUGAAAAGGAUAAUAAGGGAAUAUUAUGAACAUCUCUAUGUCCACAAAUUUGAUAACUCAGAUGAAAUGGACCAAUUUCUUGAAAGACACGAGCUACUAAUAUUCACACCAGGAGACAGGGAUAAUCUGAAUAGAAUUAUAUUAAAGAAAUUAAAUCAAUAAUUACUAACCUUCCGAAACAACGCAUCGGGCCAAGAUGGUUUUGCUGAUGAAUUCUACGAAUCAAUUCUCAUUCUAUGAGGGCAUCGUUACUCUAAUACCAAAACCAGGCAUUACAUGAAAGGAAAGAAAAUGAAAAAUUGUCAGCAAAAACUUGCAAGUUGAAUCCAACAACAUCUAAAAAGAAUGAUAAACAUUAGCCACGUGUGAUUUCAUAAACUGUUACAUCUAUACAAUGGAAUAUUCAGCAAUAAAAAGAAAUGAGCUGUCAAGCCAUGAAAAGACAUGGAGGACACUUAAAUGCAUAUUCCUAAGUGAAAAAAGCCAGUCUGAAAACUCUACACUCUGUAUGAUUCCUAUUAUAUGACAUUCUGGAAAAGUAAAAACUAUCACAACAGUAAAAAUAGUGGUAGCCAGGGGGAAGUGGUGAGCAUGGAUAGUAGGGAGGAUGGAUAAACAGGUGGGGCACAGGACAUUGUUAGGGCAGUGAAACUAUUUUGUAUGAUACUGUAAUGGUGGGUACAUGGCAUUCAUUUGUCAACAUCCAUGGAACUCUGCAAUUAACUAUGGUUAAUAUGUCAUAUAUUGGUGCAUUAAUUGCCAGGGAGUGGGGUGAGUAUAUGGAACUCUAUCUGCUUAAUUAGUCUCUAAAUCUGAAACUACACACACACACAAAAAGUGUUUUUUUAAAUGUUAAAAAGAAAAUACACGGUGAUAUUAUUCUCUUUUAUCCCUCUCUCUUAGCCAUCUAGUUCCCUUCCACAGAAUCAUUGACUUAUCCAUUUCUUUAUGUAGCCUUAAGGAGAUGUGCAAUACAUACAAACAUGUAUUGUAUGCAUAUUUUUUUUUGGUGGGUUACAGAAAUGAAAGCAUUGCAUACAUACUGUUCUGUACCUUCCCUUUCUCACUACAUGAUGCCUAGGAAAAUGUUCUAGGGUUCUCAUUAUGGUGUUAAAUUUUUCAUGACUGCCACAUGUAGAAAGUACUUAUUUCUGUUUCCUUUUUUGUUAACUAUUUAAUCCCUUUCCAUUUUUUUCUCUGGGGCUAUCCAUCUUUUCCUGAUUGGAUUGCAAGUAGUCUUAAGUAAAAUUUCCAAUUAUGAUAAAAGUUGAAAGGAUCUUUCCCAGUUAUUUGACUGAUUUUUGACUUUAUGGUGUACAGAUCUUCCUCAACUUAUGAUAAGGUUAUGUCCCAAUAAAUCCAUUGUAAACUGAAAAUAUCUAAGUUGAAAAUGCAUUUGAUACACCUAACAUACUAAACUUGAUAGCUUAGCUGAGCCUGCCUUAAACAUGUUCAGAACGCUUAUGUUAGCCUAUGGUUGGGCAGAAUCAUCUAACACAAACCCUAUUUUAUAAUAGAGUGUUGAACACCUCAUCUAAUUUAUUAUAUUCUAUACUGAAAGUGAAAAACAGAAUGGUUGUACGUGUAUCAGUUGUUUACCCUUGUGAUCCCAUGGCUGACUGGGAGCUGCCCAGCAUCACGAGAGUAUCGUACCUCACGUCACUCUUAGGUAAAGAUCAAAAUUCAAAAUUUGAAGAAUGAUUUUUACUGAGUGUAUAUCUCUUUUGCACCAUCAUAAAGUCAAAAAAUAGUUAAGUUGAACCUUUGUAAAUUGGGGACCAUCUGUAUUUUUUUGUAUGAAGAAUUUUUUUUCAUUUUAAAUGUGUUAUCACCCAUAAUUUGUGUUAUUGUACUUUGAUAAUAUUUUAAUAUUUCAUAGAACUGGUGUUUCCUUGUUUUUUAUUUGAGAAUUUUCCUGAAUGUACUUGUUCAUUAAUUUUUCCCAUAUUAUUUUAGAAUCAUUUUAUCUAGUUAAAAAAAUGACACUUUCAUUUGAUUAAUGUUAGAUUUAUAGAUUACUUUAGAGAGAAUUGACAUCUUUACAUUGUUAAAUCAUCUUUUUUAAAACAAAUAAUGCCUCUCCAAUGGUUUUAUUUUGUACCUAAACCAUCACUAAAUUUACUUAAGAGAAUCACCUAAGAGCUACUAUAAAUAAUAACAAGCCAUUUAUAUCAUCUAUAAAUAAGAAAAAUGUUAUAUCCUCAUUUCCAAAUUUUAAAUCAUAUAUUUCUUUCUCUUAUCCAGGUCUAUUUAAAAAAACUAUAUGGUGAUAAAGAACUUUGUUUAUUCCUGGCUUUAAUGGAAAUGCUUCUAGUAUAUUCCUGUUAAGCAUGAUGCUAACUUUUGAUUUCAGAUAUAUAUGUUUUAAUGUGUUAGGCAUUUCUAUUUUAUUCAGAAUUUAUCAAAACUGGAAGUGGAUUAUAAUAAAAUGGAUACAAAAUUUAUCAUAUAUUUUGCCAUCUAUAAAAGAUAAUGUGGCUUAUUCCCUCUGUUUAUGUAUUAAUAUGUAUCAGUCAAUACAAGCUAGUUUAUACUGCAGUAAUCAAUAACCUCAAAUUCUCAGUAGCUUAAAACAACAUGGUUUAUUUCUUGCUGAUACUACACAUCAGAGGAGCUGCAUGUCUUCCUUACCCCCAGACUCAGGCUUAUAGAGCAGCCAUCAUCUGGGGCAUUGAGAGUCUCUAUAGUAGAGGAAAAUGGAGCCACUGACUUUUCAACUUUCCACACAUUACCUUGGUUCUCACUUUAUUAACGAACGCAAAUUAUAUGACCACAUGGAACUGCAAGAAGAGAGGGGAGAGACAUCCUACCAAGUGCCUUGGAAAAGAAGUAGGAUCAACAUAUGAUGAAGUAUAUUAAUAUAUUCCUUAAUUUUGAUAUUCCUUAAGUUCCUGAAAUAAACAGAACUUCAUCAUAAAAUUUUAAAUGGGUUAAUGGAUUCUGUUAGGUAACAUUUUAUUUAGAAUUUUUGCAAUGAUAAUCAUAAGUGAGAUGGUUUUCAGUUUGUGUGCUCAUGUGUGCUAACUUUGUCAGGGUUUGGUAUCAUUAUUCCAGCUUAAAAAAAAUUAAGAAUAUGGGGGCACCUGGCUGGUUCAGUAGAGGAUGUGACUGUCGAUGGGGUCAUGAGUUCAAACCCCACAUUGGGUGUAGAGAUUACCUAAAAAAAAAAUAAGUAUUUUACUUAUUUUCUUAUGUUCCUCUAUAAUUUAAGUGGAAUAGGAGUUUUUUGUUCCUUAAAGGUUUAAUAAAAUUGACCUGU